UGUCAGCCUCCAUGGCGAGGCAAGUCGGCAUGAGCGACGACAAGGGAAAUUCUCAAAAUCUACCUCACGCAGACAGAAAAUUUUACAAUAUACCUAUCCAACAAAUAAACAAUGGACAAAAGAAGAGGGGAGUAAGACAAAACGUAGAUUCUGCGAAACUGUUUAGAUAUAUAGAGGGAAAUGUGAUCGGAAACGACAAGAUUUUCUCAGGACCAUAUGGGAAUAGACAAGUUGUUUACUGUGACUACACAGCAUCCGGCAGGUCCCUGGGUUUUAUUGAGGACUAUAUAAAAGAGCAGGUGCUCCCAGACUAUGGAAAUACACACACUACCACUACAGUAACCUCUCUACAGUCAACUCUCUUCAGACAUGAAGCUAGAGAUAUCAUCAGGAAUUCUGUAAAUGCCAGUGAACAUGAUGCAGUGAUAUUUGCAGGCAGUGGCUGUACUGCAGCUGUACAUAAACUGAUGCAUGCUCUUCAUCUAACUGAACCACCGGUGGUUUUUGUAGGGCCAUAUGAGCAUCACUCCAAUCUACUUCCAUGGAGAGAGAAAGGGGCUCAGGUGAUAAGAAUACCUGAAACUGAUACAGGAGAGGUAGACCUGCAAAACCUUGAGCAGGAACUUCAGUCUUGGCAGAACAGUGGCAGACAGCUGAUUGGUUGUUUCUCUGCUGCUUCAAACGUAACGGGCAUCAUAUCUGAUGUUGACAUAAUAAGCGUCAUCUUGCACAGAUAUGGCGCUUUAGUGUUCUGGGACUACGCCAGCGCAGGGCCUUAUAUGAAGAUAGACAUGAACCCUGUCAUCACAGAUGACUCCCAGGGUCUUGCAUACAAGGAUGCUGUGUUCAUCUCUCCUCACAAAUUUGUUGGAGGAGUGCAGACACCAGGUAUAUUGGUGGCCAAGAAGAAACUUUUCAAGAACCCAGUUCCCUCAGUUUGUGGUGGUGGAUCUGUCUUCUUUGUUCGGAGGGAAGCUCACAGAUAUCUGCAAGAGGCUGAGAUGCGGGAAGAGGGAGGAACGCCACCUAUUGUUGAGUCAAUCAGAGCUGGACUUGUAUUCCAGCUGAAAGAUGCCGUCACUUCUGAGGCCAUCAUGCAACGAGAACACCAGCUCUGCAGGAGGGCAUUUGAAUAUUGGAAAGACACCCCAAAUUUGAUCAUUUUAGGCAGUCAUACUGCACCGCGUCUGCCCAUCUUCUCUAUUCUAAUCAAGCACUCAGGGAUAGGAUUAUUUCUGCAUCAUAACUAUGUGUGUGCUGUGCUCAAUGACGUGUUUGGUAUCCAGACUAGGGGAGGAUGUGCCUGUGCCGGUCCUUAUGCACAGGAUCUGCUUGGAAUUAGUGAAGAUUUGGCCACAAAAAUUGAAGAUAUCCUAGUAGAGGAUAGGAGGCUGGACAGAGUCCAUUUGAGACGAUAUCGGGAAUAUUCUGAGAGAGAAAUUUUAAGACCUGGGUUUUCUCGUAUUAAUCUACCCUAUUUCAUGAAUGAUGAGUGUGUGGAGUUUGUGCUAGAUGCAGUGAAGAUGGUAGCUGAACAUGGCUGGAAACUUUUACCACAGUACACAUUUAACCCAGAAACUGGAGAGUGGAGGCACAAACAACAUCAGGUUUUCAAAGACAGAAAAUGGCUUGGUUACAUCUCCUAUGAAACUGGCAAAAUGGCGUACAGAGAACCUCAGUUUCAGAGCAAAGGUCCAUUGCCAUCAGAUUUACAGGAUUGCCUCAUGCAAGCAGAAAAUAUAUUCGAUAAUGCUGGCAAGGUUAGAAUAAAUCUUGCAGACCAGACAUUGAUGUUUGAUAAGCAGACGUCAUCCAUAAGAUGGUUUGUGCUACCCAGUGAGAUUCUGAUUAAAAGUGACACACCUAUAUCUCCUCCAUUUGUGCCAAAGAAUUACUCUGAAUAUGUUGUUAAUUUGAUUAACAAGCAAAGUGAUGACUCUCUGUUAAAGAUCUUAAAAACUGGAAGUGAAAACGGUGCUGAUGGGAAAUUGAAAAAGACUGAAAAUGGUUUCAUUGCAGCUGAUGUUGUAGAAUGUGAGAACUUCCGUGUUGAUGCUUGCUGUGAAUAUGAAAAUGAAUCAAAGUCAAGCUCGGAAAAUGGCAGCAGUUUCUCUGAGGGCAUGGCCGUUUUUCUAAACACUGGAUUUGUUGAAAGUUGCCCAUCAGGUGCAACAGCUGAUAUGGAUCAGAAAAACAGUCAUAAAACUUCUAAGCAGACAACAUUAAAUUUUGAAGUUUGUGCCAAUGACUCAUCCUCUUUCAAUAAGCUAUCAAAAAAUAGGACAUCAAGUUGCCUCCAUGAAUCUGAAGAGGCUAAUAAGGAAGUGACUGGUGUCAUGAAAAGCAGUACUCCUCAUUUGUCUCAUGCUGCACCAAGUGUAGGUGGAGCCAGUGUGGAUGGUAAUGACACAUCAUCUUGGUCAACUGCUCAGAAAUCUCCACCAGAGGGUGGCAGUGUUACUGAGAGUUCUAAAAUGAGCCAGUCAAACGAGGACAAAAACAUGGACAAAGCAGACAACACUUUGCUUCAGUUGAAAGAAUUAAAUGGGGAUGGUGCAAUUGUUGCUAAAGAAACAUUUGUGGUGUCAAAAGAAAUCCAGAGCACUAGUGUCAAAAGUUCUGGAAAAGACACGAAAGAUGACAAAUCAGUGAAUACUGGCACACAGCAGAGAGCAGCUAAAUCUAAGGGGCCAUGCUGGCAUGCACCACCCAAGAAUAUCUUCAAACCAACAGUUGAGGCACUGGAGGAGCACAGUAUGAUCCAGGAUGGGGACAGGGUGUUAGUGUGUAUAUCAGGUGGGAAGGACUCCCUGUCACUGCUACACACUAUUAGGCAGUAUCAGUUCUAUGCUAGGAAAAAGGGCAUAUCCUUUGAGUUUAGUGCCAUGACAGUGGAUCCACAGACCCCCUCCUAUGACCCAAGUCCACUGAAAGGCUAUCUGGCCAGUCUAGGGGUGCCCUAUUACUAUGAGGAACAAUGUAUACUGGACACAGCCAUGAACCUCCCAUAUGAGUGUGCAUCUAUCUGUAGUUUUUGCAGUCGCAUGAAGCGCGGACGCAUUUAUCACUGUGCGAGGAGAGAGGGGUACAAUGUACUUGCUUUAGGUCAGCAUUUGGAUGAUCUGGCAGAAAGUUUUCUGAUGUCCAUUUUCCACAAUGGUGUGCUGAGGACCAUGAAAGCUAACUACACUGUACAAGAAAAGGAUCUCAGGGUUAUCAGACCAUUUGUAUAUGUCCGUGAAAAAGAUCUAAGAGAUUUUGCUGAACGCCAAAAGUUACCUGUGAUUCCAGAAAAUUGCCCUGCAUGCUUUGAGGCACCCAAGGAACGCCAUAGGACAAAACAACUUCUGGCUGCUCAAGAAAUCUUAUUUCCACGCCUGUACAACAGCAUUAUGUCAGCCAUUAAACCCCUUAUGGCUAUAGGAAGGACUGGAGUGAACAUGAAGAAAAUAUUGACACAGUUUAGCGAGAUGGAUACUGGGGAUGGGGAGGAUGAAGUUGAAAUCUGAACAAUUUUAUUUAGUAAAAUUUCCAGUGCUACAGAGCCUGUUCAGCCUAGCUUCUUUAUUUUCAAAUUUCUAUAUGCAUGCCCACUUGGCUCGUUUGAAUUUCUUCAUUGUUUCAGUCAAGUUUAUAGCACCAUUCAGGCAUGUCACCCCCUAUAUAACCACAAAAUCUGCAGGUUGCUAGUUUGUGAUUGGUUAACGUUCUUCAAACUUGCUGCUGAAUUUCAGGGUCUCAUGAGUUUGCAUGUGGAGGUUUUGGAAGUGAAGAAGCUCAAACACAUGGGGCCCUAAAUUAAGGGUACCAGUACAGGAGCUAACUGGGGGCUACCAUGCAGGCUGCAGCGUGUUAUCCUAGUUUAAACUGAAUGAUUUUAUUUUUAUGGCCAAUUUUUUUCAAAUAUUAAUGAAACCUGAUAAAUCACCAGGAGACAGGACUAUUUUAAUAGCAUCAUUUCAAUGCAGCAUUGGAUGUUUUAGACAAAUAGGACUGAUUGAAUAAUGUAUUUUGUGAGAUUAUAGAGAAAUCAGUGAUUAUAUUGAAUAUUUAUUAAUAAUAUUAAAAGUAUUAAAAUGAUA